AUGCCUCCGUCUUCACGGGCAGUCCGUUCACGCAGCUACCAAUACCCAUUCGCCGCAGCACCAGAUAUCAUUCGGUCAAAUCAGAAGGACGCAUAUUUUCAAGGGGUCUUACACGAUCAACUAUCCAAUCUCCUUCGCAGAGUCUAUGGAGCUCGAUUUGCCCAUACUCACACGACAGGAGCGCGCACCGUUGCGGAUUUACUCUAUCUAUGCCUGACCACCUUAGCAGGCAACCGUACCUUGGGGGAGGAAUACUGUGAUAUAGUACAGAUCGAGUCGUCUUCCGAUAGUCUUCAACUUCCGUCUCUUGAGAGACGAGCAGGAUACAUUUUAUCCACGAUUCUUCUGCCAUAUGUGCUGGGAAGAGUCCUUCCGACCUUCCCAGGAACGAGCAAAAAUGUCUCCACAUCUCUCGCACAUCGCGUCCAAAACUAUCUGUUGACGCAUCUGGACUCUAUUACUUCUCCGUCUCCACUGUAUGCUGUCAGCAUGGCGGUUUUCUAUUUCUCUGGGGCAUAUUAUCAUCUGGGUAAGCGGUUAUGGGGUUUGCGAUAUAUCUUCACGAAGCGAUUGGAAGCGGACGAGCAACGGGUCGGAUACGAGGUGCUUGGUGUUCUCUUGGUGCUGCAGAUGAGCGUCCAAGCAUUUUUACAUGUGCGUUCAACCAUGGACGAAUACUUCUUCAAAGAAUCUGCAAGUAUAGCGCUAUCAGACGCAACAGAAGUCGGGUCUUCCAAAGCCAAAACGUUAUCCGGUUCCGACAAGCCGGGUCUCGAGCAACUCACACAUACACCAGCUGUGCCGGAAGACCAGCCACGCUUUGACUUACGAAAUUCGCAAAUAAUGCAAUGGGUGGGACCAACUCCGCACCAGCGCAAAUGCACGUUAUGUCUGGAGGAACUCAAAGAUCCAAGUGUGACGACAUGCGGGCAUGUUUUUUGUUGGUCGUGUAUCGGUGACUGGUGCCGUGAGAAGGCCGAAUGCCCAUUGUGCCGGCAGCCGAGUCUUGUACAACACAUUUUGCCUUUGAGGGGCUAA